GCUAGCAGAAUCUUUUGCUUUUCCUUUAGCUGGACCUUGUGUAAGCAGCGUGAAGACCAAAGCAAGAGAAAACCACUAGAUCCAGGAGCCAUGGAACUUCCCAGCUACAGCAAGCAGCUGCUGCAGCAGCUGUACACUCUUUGCAAAGAACAGCAGUUCUGCGAUUGCACCAUCUUUGUUGGGACUGUUCACUUCAGAGCACAUAAGGUUGUUUUAGCUGCUGCCAGCCUGCUUUUUAAAUCUUUGUUGGACAGCACAGACACCAUUUCCAUUGAUGCUUCCGUGGUGACACCUGAGGAGUUUGCAUUGUUGCUGGAGAUGAUGUAUACUGGCAAGCUCCCAACAGGGAAACACAACUUCACCAAAGUCAUCUUUGUGUCAGAUAGUCUGCAGAUGUUUGAUGUGGCUGUUAGCUGCAAAACCCUCCUGAGAGACCUCAUCAGCUGUUCAACUCAGGAUCAGGUAGAAGUCUCUGCCCACGCAGCAGACUCGUCUGGAAGCAGUGCUGAAGCUGAUAACCUGCCCCAAUCUGAAAAACCUGCUGCUGAAGGAAAAACAGAUGCCCUGCACCCUUCUGGCCCUGGAGAAGCAGAGAUGGAAGCAGAUAUUUCUCUCCCUGAGCAGGAGCUGACUGUGAAUCACACCUGGCUUCACCAGGAUGUGAUGCUGAGCAGCUCGGGGUCCCUCCAGGAGGAUUCAGGCUCUCGUGCUGCCCAGCCUGCCUGCACACAGCGUGGUUGCUGUGUUGAAGUGGAGCCUGCUGAGCCUCUGGAGAAGAAAGGAAGAGUGAGUGGUUCAGCAGCAGAGAGCAAAAGCUGUAAACUGGAUUUCUUUCUUCGAUAUGAAAGUGUUUUCUCAGAGGCCCUUUCUGAUGCCCAAGCCGUGCUGAGAAGACUAGAAGAGUGCAGAGAAAUUGAUGCCUCUCAAAGGGAGGUUGUACUCACCUGUUUGGCAGAGGCAGGGGACCAGUCAGUUUUCAUGAAGCUGUUGGGAAAAGUGAAGGAUGCUCACACUCUGGAUGCUCAGACCCUUGUGUCUUUACUGAAGCUGUUUCAAGAUGUGAAUCCCAAGCUGAGAGCGGCCUUGCUGGAGAGGGAGCAGGGCAGUGGAGAGGUCCUGCAGCAAACAGAGAGUGCAGAAGAGGGAGAGAUGCUGACCGCUCGUUUGCUGGGAUGCAAGGAGGAGCUAAUCCAGAGCGUGACACAGCUGAGCCCCAUUGUGGAGUUCUUGGAGGCAGCAGAAGAGGGAUUCCUGACCGCCGCAGAGAAGCGGGUAGUUUUGAAUUGCUGUGAGGGCAAAUCCCAGAUGGGAGCCAUGGACAGUCUGCUCAGGAAGGUGGAAGAGGAGAAAACCCUGAAAGCUGAAAGUUUGGUCAAGCUUCUGAGGGCUGUGAAAGCAUCGUUCCCUGGUCUCCAUCUUUUGCUAGACAGCUUGGAGGUAAAAGCAAACAUCUCUGAUGGCAAAGCCAAAUGGAGUUUGGAGGAUUAUGGAGCCCAACUGCUGAGACGAUACCAAGAAAGGUUAGUGGAGCACCUCACGGACACUCAGACACUGCUGCGUGGCAUUUCUGCUGCACAGAGCCUAGCUCCUGCUGACAGAGAGGCAAUGGAACAGAUUGUGAAGUGCGAGACUGGCUCAGGUGGCUUCAUCUCACUCGUGUCUGCGGCGCUGGAGGAGCAGUCUCUGUCUGUUUCUGUGGUCUGGCAGCUGCUGCUGGCUGUGCGAGAGGCCGAGCAGCCGCUGAACGUGCUCAUGGAGGAGAUCCAGAAGGAACCGGGCGCAGAGCUUUUCUUCCAAGCAGUUGCCACCAGUGAAAGCACAGCCAUUGAAAUCAUCCUGAGGCACAGUGAGCUCAUCUCAGAGGCCAUUAAGCAGAGAGCAAACAUGGAGGGCUUGGCUCCAGGGGAAGCAGGACUCACAGAAGCAGUGAAAGAGCUACUGAGUAUUUCUGCUCAAAAGAAAAGCUCAGAGGCCUCCUUGAAAGCAGCUUUGAGUACAGCACAGGAGAAGUCUGUCCCAGCCAUCAAGAUCUGUCAGCUGCUGUGCAAUGUCCAUGAGUCUUUCCCAGACUUGCAGCCAGUGAUGCAGGAGCUAGGGCAUGUGGGGCUCUUGACUGAGGGAAGUGGAGAGAAACCUGGAAUCAGGAAGUGGAAGGUGAACAGUGAAUCCCAAGUGGAAGCUCUGGACAAAGAAGAGGAUAAGGCAGGAGGUGCUGCAAUUAAGGAACCGAAGGAACCAGAAGAGAAAGCAUCUUCCAAGAAGAAUUUCAUCUGCAAAGCCUGUGAGAAGAGCUUCCACUUCUACUGCCGCCUGAAGGUGCACAUGAAACGUUGUCGGGUGGCCAGAGGAAAGCAAAUCCAGUGUAAGGAAUGCACUGAAGUCAAAUCAACAAAGGAAGAGCUGGAGAAGCAUCAGCUGGAGGUCCAUGGGGAGGUGGGGAUGGCCAAGAAGAAGAAGAAGCGUCUUCCUGUGACGUGUGACAUCUGUGGCAGAGAGUUUGCUCAUGCUUCAGGAAUGCAGUAUCACAAGCUGACUGAGCAUUUUGACGAAAAGCCCUUCUCCUGUGAGAAGUGUGGGGCCAAGUUUGCAGCCAACUCCACACUGAAGAAUCACCUGAGGCUGCACACCGGGGACCGACCCUUUGUGUGCAAGCACUGCCUGAUGACCUUCAUGCAGGCCUCAGCCCUCGCCUACCACACCAAGAAAAAGCAUUCUGAGGGGAAGAUGUAUGCCUGCCAGUACUGCGAUGCCGUCUUUGCGCAGUCCAUCGAGCUCUCACGCCAUGUUCGAACCCACACAGGGGACAAGCCGUACGUCUGCCGGGAGUGUGGGAAGGGCUUUCGCCAGGCCAAUGGGCUCUCCAUCCACCUCCGGUCCUUUCACAACAUUGAAGAUCCCUACGACUGCAGGAAGUGCCGGAUGAGCUUUGCCACCCUGCAGGAACACCGCAAGCACAUCCACGAAGUCCACUCCCGGGAGUACCACCCCUGCCCCGACUGCUCCAAAGUCUUCAGUGCCCCAUCCCUCCUGGAGCGCCACAUGGUGACCCACGUUGGAGGAAAGCCCUUCAGCUGUGGUAUCUGCAACAAAACUUACCAGCAGUUGUCAGGGUUAUGGUAUCACAACCGGACCCACCAUCCUGAUGUCUUUGCAGCUCAGAAUCACCGCUCCUCCAAGUUCUCUUCCUUGCAGUGCAGCUCCUGUGACAAAAGCUUUUCCAGCACUGCUGCUCACCGAAGGCACGUCAAGGCAGAGCACUCAGAUGUGAAGUUCCAUGACUGUGAGAUGUGCAAGGAGCAGUUUCCCACACUGGCUCUCCUGCAGGUCCACAUGAAGUGCCGGCACUCAGCUCCCUGUGCCCUCAGACUGGCCCUGGCCAUUGCACCCCAGGCUCAGGGUGGUGCAUCUUCCCCAGGGUCAGAGCCAUUUCACUGCUCGUACUGCUCAGCCUCCUUCUGCUUCCCAGGGACGCUGCAGCACCACGUCACCACCGAGCACUUCAAGCAGGCAGAGAGCACCUUCACCUGUGGGCUCUGCGGGGAGCUCUUCACCUCCCAGGGUGAGCUGGAGGGUCACUGCAGCACUGAGCAUCCCAAGGUCAUCUUCACAGAGGCCCAAGUCACCACAGCCCAGAUUGUACAGGUGAUUCAGACGUCAGAGCAAGGAGCAGCAGAACACAUCAUCUCUUUUGAUGAGGCCCAGCUCACUGGCUCCCAAGUCUUUGUGACGUUGCCUGAAUCCCAAGCAAGCCAAGCUGGUUCGGAGCUGGUGACGGUGUCUAUGGAGGAUUUGUUUGAUGACAAAGUCACUCUGAUUUGUGAAGAAACCAAGUGAUAAUGAGCAGUGGGUGCUCAUUUGUGGCACCUGGUGUGCACUGGACUGGUUCCGGAGCCAUACCUAGGCAUGCUGCUCUGACAAGGGAGGUUCAGGUUUGGGAUGUUUAUUUGUAUUUUGGGGAAAGCAACCCAAUAUGUAUUUGACCCUGACAAAAGAAAUGAUGUGCAGCAAAGACUGAAUAGGUUUGUAGACAUUCAUAAGGCACUAACAAAGCUAUUUGUGUCUCAGAGCAGCACAUGGGAUGUUGCUUUGCAGAAUGCAUUCAUGUACCUGCUGUAAAGCUUCUUCGGUGCUGGGAGGAUGCAACAUUCAUUGCAGUACACUGGCCCCUUUAAGACUAAAAUUUCAUCAAGUUUUUUUUUUUUUAAUCUGCAGUUUCCUAAAAUAUAAUCUGAUAAUUAAUGGUUUGCUGAAUCCAUUAUGAAGUGCAAUUAGAUAGAUGCAGAGUUCCUGCGGCUCGGAGGGGACCGGUAGCAUUUAUCUUCCUUUCCCUAAUGCCAAAAGGUUGAACUCUGCCACUGCAAUAUUUACAUACGGAGCGGUGAUCCCUGCCACAGCCCUGCGGUGAGCAGCGCCUGCUUCAUCACACAGCCCAGAGGAUGAACAGAUUGAAGUUUUCCAGGAGGUUUUUGUGACAGCGUGAUAGUCGGUCAUUCCCGUUCCAGCUCGAAGAGUGGAAGCAAACAGCAAGGAAUGUGGUUUGUCCCCAGGGCUUUGCUGUGACGGCAGAAAGGAGGAAGUGUCACUCCCACUGAAAUCAGGAAUGACCAGGAGAUGGUGCUCAAGGUCUUGAGUAGUGCCAGCGGACAGGUGUCUGCUCCGCCGAGAGCCAGCCCUGCUGCACUGUGCUCCAUCAGCUCCUGCCAGGCUGAAGCUCAGCCCCAGGCCCUGCGAAUCGCUGCAUGAAGAAGAGCCUGGAGCUGGAGGGGCUAAAACACAGAUGGGGUGAAGCAGUGAGGCUGGCACCCUGCACUCAGGUCAGGCUGGAGCGUGAGGUCACCCUGGAGAGCACCGUCCAAUGGUUCUUUAACCACACCAAUUAACGAGGGAGGUAGAUGGGAGCUUCACCCCUCAGCUUGUUGUGAGAGAUGGAGGCGUCCUCCAUGAGACGGAGCUUGCUCUCCUCCUGGCUGCAGUCAGAAGCCGUGGCCAUAUGCCACCACUCCACAGCAUCCCUCUCCUUGGCACAUUCACCCACUGCACAUCGAACCCGACGUCGCUUGCUCUCAGAGCAUCCCCCGGCUGCUGUUAUUUAGUCUGGUGACACGGGAGCUUUUUCCAGCCUGCUCACAGAUCACAGUGGAUUUGGCCAUACACAGGAGUAGGUCGGGGGAUCCCUGCGGCGCACGCGAGUUUCCAUUUAUCAACACGACGUUUCCCUUGCAGCAAGAUGGGUUUCUGUUAGCAGUGAGAUCCCUCUGCAGCCCCUCUCUCCCUGGCUAACCCAGAUAAUCCUCUGCUAUCUGCCACAUCUCUGUGGGUCUGUUAAACACACACAGUGCUGCUGUCCUUGCACACAGCCGGGGUAAGUUGUGAGAUUCUGCACUCCCCUAAGUGUGGGAUGCUGUCAGGGUUUUAUUGGAAGUCCAAACAAACAAAUUUGGAAGGAACAAUGCUUCUGGUGGGGCCUUGGGUGCAGGGUUGGGGCUUUGCGUGGUUGGCAUGGCUUGUCUUCAGCUUUGGAGGAGAGGAAGAGUGUGUUACUAUUGCUAUAUCCAUUUGGGAUCCUCAUGUGGUCACCCAGGCUGGGGCAUGUAGUGUAAUGAGAGCCCAGCUGCAUGCAUCUGGCUUCUCCCUGAGCAUCCUUCAGGAAAAUCAAGGAGGAGUAGGAUUAGCCAUGCUGGUCCAGCGUGCUCGGGGUCUUUGGUCCCAUGCUCCAGAGGUGACCAUCCUUUGCUUCCUACGCAAAAAUUUCUUGCAACAGGCAGUCCCUGCUGGUGGCCCCCCAGCCGUAGGUCCUGUCCAGUCUCAAGCUUUCCUCUCCCACAGAAGGAGGCAGUUGAGAUUUGUGAGCGUUAGCUUCAUUAUUCAGCAAUUAAAACGUUCCGGCCUCGUCGCAACGCAGGAGUGCAUUAAUGAUUUAUAACAGCAUGCUUUGAUUCGACUGCACAGGAGUGAACUUUGAGAGCGGUGAAUUCUGCUGAAAUCCCAAAUGCAGAUCCCAAAAUAUUGUCCCUUGUUGGUCUGAGCCCAUCCCAACCCUCCUGUAGCCUUCAUCAUCCUGUGCUUCCAUGGCAUGGUCAGCCAACAUGGUGGGAUGGGUUGGGGUUGGAAUGGGUGAUCUCAAAGAUCUGUUCCAAACUUAAUGGUUCUAUGGUUCCAUGAUGUGGGCAGUGGGCAUGUUGGGAUGGGUUGGCAAUAUCCCCAUUCACCUUAUUCUCCCAGUUUCCCUCAUUUCCCCCCCCCAAAUUCCCAGUAACCCCAAUCCCCGCCCCAUUUUCUCUAUUCCCUCCCCUUUCCCCUUUGCCAGAGCUGUGCCCAACCCAUGUCUGGGUGGAUUUGGAUAUCCCCAAGGAGAAGAAGGUGGGAGAUGUGGGGGUAUGAGAACAUGGGUGAUUAUGGGGGAAUGUGGGAAGCAGUUUAGGGUAAAAAGUGGAGGAUGUGAGGUGGUGUUGGAGUGUCUUUAUUGAUUUAUUACUGAAAGGAGAUUGGAGGUCCCUGUAGCCCAAAGGUGGGUGCUGAUCCAUAACCUCACAUGACCCAUAACCUGAUAUGACCCCAUAACCCUGUACAACCCUGUGUGACCCAUAACCCCACUGAUGCCCUCUGAACACCAUAUGACCCCAUAACUCUGUGAUCUCUGAUCCCAUGUCAUCUCUGGCCAUGUCAUAUAACCCCAUCAUUCUGUAUGACCCUAUAACUGUGACCCAUAAACCCAUGUAACCCCAUAACCCCAAGUAACCCCAUAACUCUGUGACCCUGCAUGACCCUCAUGUGAUCUAUAACCCCAUGUCUUGACCUCAGUGUGGCCAUAUAACCAGCUUUGUUUGGGGUAAAACUAAUUCCUCCUAGGUAUGGGUCUGUGGGGCAGCUAUGGGGCAGGAUGGUACCCAGCAAGGGCUAUUUCUCCCCUGCAUGCAGCUGGUGGUGGGACUGUACUGAUUGUACCAUAGCUCCCCCUGACCCCAUAAUGCCCCCUGAUUCUGUACAACCACACCAUGGUGCAACUGAGGAUCUGUGCCUUCCAGCCCCCCUCCCCCCACACUGGGGCUGGGGGGAUCUAUGGGAUCCUCCAGGUGUCCAUAGAACUUCCUAGGACUCCCAUAGCCACCUAUAGUCUCAUACUGCCAUGUAUUCUUCUCUCCUCUCCCCUUUCCUAUAGACUUCCAUAAUGACUUCCAUAAUCCACACAUAACUCCCCAGAGACCCCCCAGGACCCAUGUAGCUGCCCCAUACCUCCACAGUAUUCACCCCCAAGACCCUGAUAAUCCCUCCCAGGACUCCUGUAGACCCCUGUACUUCCCUCCCCCCAGAGCCCCUUAUCCCCCCAUAUCCUCCCUGACCUCCACGUUGCCUCCCAGAUCCUGUACAACUGCACCAUGGUGCAGCUGGGGAUCUGCACCUUCCAAUUCCACUAUGGGGAUUGGACCACAUAUCUCCCCAUAGGAUCCCCAUAUCCCCCCAGUACCCCAUAGCCAUUCUGCAGCUGUCCCACAGCCCUGCAGCAGACCACCUAGAACCCCCCCAGGUCCCUCAUAGCCCCCAUAUUCCCCCCAAGGCCCCUGUGGCUGCCCUGUAGCCCCUCAAGGACCCCCUGGAGUCCAAUAGGCCUCCCCCAUGGCCAUCCUAGUACCUCACAGAGACCCACAGUCCCUGUAGGGCAUCCAGCCCCCAGCAGGGGCUUGGAGCUGGAUGAUCUUUAAGGUCCCUUCCACCCCAAACACACAACCCCGACACAGCCCACAGCCCAUCUGGUGGAAAGAACACAGCCACAGUGGGGAACGGGGAAUUUCCCAGGGCUGGGGACAAAAGGGUGGAUGAGGACUGCAGACACCCGCAUUGUGAAUAGGGCUGAGGCACCAGAGGAAAGUGUAUCUUUAAAAAGCGGAUUAUCUGGUUAAACAGAGGGCAGGGGGCUGGGCCAGGAGAUAAUGGGGUGUCUGUGACAGCUUUAUUAGGAAGUGCCUAACGUCGGAGCGAUUUCAUGGCGGGGCUCAGAGUGACGAGUGGCUCCGGGAGCGCUCCGGUGACGCUGUCAGAUGGGCUUAGGGACAACCGGCCCCUCUCUUUGCUGCAAGAGACAAAGGGAACAGCAGGGACCCGCAGCCCGCCGCCUGCCUUGAGUCCCUGCAGAGGGUGGGAUCUGCUCUCUUUGCCUUUUUUGCAGGUUUUCCUCACGCCAUCCCUUGCGUUGCCAUCUUCUUUGAGGAUGUAAUGUGCGCAGGGCAUCUAUGGGACCAUAGAUGUAUGGGUUGGAGGGACCUCAAAGACCAUGGAACCAUGGGUGGUUGGGUUGGAAAGGACAUCAGAGACCAUCCCAGUCAGCUCUCGUGGGGCUUAGGGUGGGAUUGACAGCCACUCCAGUGCCCCAAGCAGCUCCUGUCACCUGGGCUCCCUGCAAGAAGGGGACAAGCCCUCGGGCCGGUGAAGGUAUCCCAUCCUUGGCCCCACUGCUUGGCUUCCCCUGGUGCCCUGACCUCUGUCCUUCAGCAGCGCUGGCAUUCAGAUCUGUGACUGUGGGGUCUGAGGUGACGUGCUACCCCAUUCCUGGCCACGACCCCAAGCUGACUGUGGCACUGAUACUGCAUUGCCUCUCCAGAAUGCACUGAACCACCAAAAAGGGAUCUGAAGCCACAUGUGUAGGCGUGCAGGGUCAGCACGGAGCUUCCCGUACACAGAUUUUGAUGCACGAGCCUCAAAUUGGCCAUUUUCCCCCAAACCUGCCGUUUCCCCCCACCCACCCCACAGCCCUUCCCUUCCUGCACCCAAAUCCCACCGCCCUCAGUUUCAACUUUUCCCCUCUCUCCUUCCCCCCCUCUGUAACAAAUCGCCGAAAAGAGGGACGAGAAGAGGCUCCAAUGACAGAUGGAGCUGCUGCUGUCAUCUCUCUUAACUGUCACCGAGAAAAUCACACGGCGGCCACUGAAAUUCAAAUUAGAGUUUCGCUGAAGCUGCUAAAACUCAUCAAAAGAUAUCUUUGAAGUCCACUGGCAGGCCGGUCAUUUCUUUUAAAUUAGUCCCUGUUGAAAAUGAAAUUGCAGGGAGUUGGUGUAUUAGCAUACGGGAGUGCGAGAGACGGCACAAUGCUGCCUUUCCGAGGAGCAGAGGCAGUUUGCUCCCGCACAAAGACCAAGCUCUGAUUGCAUUAGGAUCAAUGAAAGGGUCAUUUCAAAGCUUCCCAUUAACUGGGCUGGGCUGAUGCUCAGGGGGAAGGCAGAGCUGUCCUCAUGUCCCCGUGCCCUCCAAGCCAACCUCCUGGCUGCGCAUUGUGAGCCCGUGUUAAUGAGGAGCUGCCUCGUUAGUGGAACUGGUUUGAUGAUGAUGAGGGAGGUCCGUCUUAGCUUGGCCAAGGAGCAGUGGCUGGCUGCAGUGGGGUGGUGGCCCCAGGAAGGGUUGUGGCAUAGAAUCGUAGAAACAUCAUUGAGUCAUGGAAUGGUUGGAGUUGGAAGGGACCCUAAAGGCCAUCUGGUCUCCAACCCUCUGCAAUAAGCAGGGACACCCUCAGCUCCAGCAGUGCUAAGCGCCCCUCCAGACUGACCUUGAGUGCCUGCAGGGAUGGGGCACCAACCAAUGGAGGUGAAUGAGCAUCUCCUAUUAGCAAAUAUUUCCCAGCAUGAACAAAACCGGGUUGAUGUCCAGCUCCAGUUCAGCCCAACCCAGGUAUCUGCCCAAGAAUGUUGGCCCUGAGGAUGAGUGCUGUCUUCUCUGUUACUCAUCUCCGUUCUCCCUUCCCUUUUCCCUUUUCACUCCUCUCCCCUUCCCCAUUGCAUGACACCAUUCUGCCCUCCCCAAGGAGCUGAGCACAGUGUUUUGCUUGCUAUGGGCCCUCCCCCAACCCCACCACCCAUCUCAGCACACCCAGUUUCGCCUGCCUGCCCCAAAAUCUCUGCACAGCAGUUUUUCCACGCCAGCUGCUAGUGGAUUGAGCUAUUCCAGUCAUAACCGAGCUGAUGAGGUGGGACUUUGAGUGGCAUCAUGUGCACUCCUGCAUCGUCACGCAUUGUGCCUUCAGGAUCUCACACAGCUCCAAGAGAGGUUCAGGGUGGGUCAGCAGCAGAAGCAUUUUCCCCAGGUCUUGCCUGGCUCCUGGUGAUGGGCUGCAUCUGCCAGCCUUGGUCCAACACCCGAGUUUUUGGAUGGGGUGGGCACCCUGAAGCAGAACCUGAGCAUUCCAUCAGCAAGCAGAGAGGUUUGAGCAUUGUGUCCCUGUGCAUCACAGGGGGUUGUGAUAUGGAGUGGAUGGAGGGAAUGGGAAUGUGUGCACCCUGCAGACACGUUGGCCAAUGGACAGCACACACUGGGAGGUGAGGCUGCUCGUUUAGACCUGUUUGCUUUUACUGAGACAAGAUCUCACCAAUGAGCUCAAAAUGAAGGAAAGCCAUUAAAGCCUCAAUGGGAGACUGCAUGGCGUGGGGGCGUUGAUCAGUGGUCGUCUCCUCAAGUGGUGACAAAGAGACAUUGGUGCCAUUAUGAGGUGGUCUCUCGUGAUCCUGCUUACUGAGAUCAUGGGCCAUGCUGCUGCCCAUUGGAAUGUCUUCGUGUUGGAUGUCCUCAGCUCCAGGCAUCUUCUGGAGAGUUUCUCUUCAACCAGGGGUUUUAUGCCCUUGAAAUCCUCCUCCUCUGCCAUGGGCUGUUGCUAUCAGAGAGCAGAGAGGUUUUAUUGGAGGGAUAGGAAGGGAGGAAGAACAUCUCUCCAACACCUUGCUCAAAAAAGGGUUUGUUGCAGCAGCCAACCAGUGUCUGUUUUCUUGGUGUUCAUGGAAAGGUUUAUCAUCCAUUAGGGUCUGGCACCAGCCUCGGUGUGGUAGUGAUGAACCCAUGCCCCACAGGGCAGAAAUUGAAUGACUGCACCAUAAAUGCUAAUGCAGAACUAGAAAAUGAAGGUCACUUUAAUGGUACCAGGAAAGGAGCGGUACUCUCUUGGAGGAUUAAUGAGCAGCUCAGUCAGUGCUGGGCAGAGGGAGGCAUGUGCUCACCUCUCCCUGACAUGCUCUCUGCUGUGGGUCUGCUGUGAAGGAUGGCUGUGCUCCUGGAGUGAAGUCUGGCAGCACUGCUGGGGUUUGCCCUCCUGCUCAGCACUGCAUGAGUGAGGGGGCAGGUGAAAAAGUGCAUAGGUCUUAUUUUCCCAUUGCAGAGAUAAAUACAUUGCCCAUUGACAGGAGAAAGCAGGCUGUUGCAGAGCUUGAUGUUGAAGGUAAAGGCGAAUCAUAGGAUUGUAGAGUCAUUGAGGUUGGAAAAGAUCACUAGGAUAAGUCCUACCAUCAACCCAUCAUCCAUGGCCACUGCACAUACUGGGUCACUGCUUUCCUUCCAGAAGCAGCUAUAGCCAUCCACAUAGCAGAAAUAGCACCCAAAUACUUCCACCAGUGGUUGGCGGAUCUCCCUCCCCACAGUUGGUUCCACACUGGCCAAAUCUACAAUGCUCAGAUGAGCCCUUUUCCAUUGCACUGACAGAAUGAAACCAUGGCUUCCACUCUUGAUAUCUCCAGGACUACCCUUCCCCGGAUGGGCCACCAGUGUGCCUUGUCUCAAUUCUAUUGCUGGUGGGCCCCAAACUAAAGGCCAGGUCCUACAGUGCCCUACAAAAAGAGCUGACUCCACUGUAGAGAUGCAGCCAUCCAGAGGGCAGGUGAGUGGAAAAGCUGUAACGUGAAGAACUGUGAGGGAGUUUUCCAUCUCAGAGUACUGGGAAAUGUACCAGAAGUGGAACCAAUGCUUAUCUGUCAGUCAUACAAUCAGACUUUAAAUCUCCUGUCCUUUAGCUUAAAACCAUUUCUGUCAAAGCAGAGCCCAGCUCUAAAGGAAGAGAUCCUGAACUUUUGCUUUCUGACAACAUCCAGAGUGGUCACUUUCAAAAUGUGAAGAGUUAUGAAUCCGUAUUUGUUUUUCAAAGAGGUAUGUUUGUCCAAGCCAGCCAUUUGAUACUGACAGCUUUGAGAUCAGCAAAUCAGUGUUUCCUAUGAAAAAAUUCUGUGCGGCCUCAGCCAU